AUGACACUGGACCCUAGCCUGUUGAAUCCCAAAGAUAUUGCGCUCUUUCAGCCCGCUCCGGCGUGGUCGUUUGAUCACGAGGCUGGACCACACUGGGCACAAUUUGAUACUUCACCACUGAUGCUAGUCAAGGACACGCCGCAGGUGGCAGCUCUUUUAGACCAGCCGAGCAAAACAGGCGCGGGUCACUGUGCUGGUACUUUGCCAGGCUACGGGAGCGAAACCAAGUCGUCAAGUCUACACAGCCAAGAUCAACUACAAAAGCGAAACGAUACAUCAUCAAAACCCACAAGGUCAAGGCAGGCCUGGCCCCGGAAAGAAACCGCCAGCGCGUCCAAGAGACAAAGAAGAGCAAAGCGAGCGGAAACAAAGAGCGGUAAUGCGAACCGGGAUAAUGAGGCAACUGCUCACCGCGAAGGUUCGCUAGAGCGCAACCGCAUCGCCGCUUGUAACUGUCGAAAGCGCAAGAAGAAUUGCCAUGAUGCUAAUAUCGACACUUGGCUGAACAAUGAGGCUUCAAAGUAUGUGUGCAAGUUGGGGGGGGACGACACCAAGCGAGUAUGUGGUCUGAAGCCUGCGCCGAGUCUAGAUGCGACGUCUAUGUUAAAGGUGUCGUGGGAAAGUAGUCAAUACAUCGAGCCGUCAAACAGCUCUCUCCAAGUUGAUAGUGAAGAUUCAAAUACUACUUUCGACUCGGAUACUCCGCCUGAAGGCGAUUUCGACGACCAUGUAGCCCCAUCUUGGAUGUGCUAG